GUAUGAAAACUUUAGAGGGGAGGCUUGUUUAUAAAAAUGGACUUAAAGUUGGCACUUGGAUAGAACCAGUUGAUACUUGGUUAAAGUUAUAUAUCAUUAUCAUUAUUCUCUUAGAUUAAAAAGAGAAAUCUAAUUAAAAGGCGAAUAUACAAAUCAAUUCAAAUAUGGUUAGUGGGAAAUAAUAGAGGGAAAUGAAAGAAAAUUAUGUAUCAAUUUUAUCUGAUUUAAAGAGGAGGAGAAUCAUUUGAUUCAAAAGGAUUUAUGGUAGGAAAUUGGGUUGAGAUAGAUAAUAAUUGGUGCAGGUAUAAAAUGAAAUAUUUUUGUAGAAAUUUUAAAGAGAUAAAAUAUAUGGUGAA